AUGGAGCACCUCGACGAGGUCCUGCGGCUCAUGCUAGCGCACCGGGACAGCUGCCACCCGCACCUCAUGGCGCCGACGAGCCGCGCGGCCGUUGGCGUGGAGCGUGGGGACGGAUCGCUAUGCUUUGCCAUCCAGACGAAGACGCGGAAGCUCCUACCCAAGAUCAUGCGCUCGAUCACGGGGCUACCGACGGGCCAAGCGAUCAAGAACCUUCAUCCGCUCUGCAAGCUGCUGCUGCUUCUGCUCAAGAACGAGAUUUGCCCCUACUACUCGGUCGCCUUCCAAGCGCCGGCGACGAUCCUCUUCUACCUCGUCAAGUUCCUGUCCAACGCCGAGUACGACGAAAUCCUCGACAAGGUCCUCGACGUUUGCGUCGAGCUCGCGUUCCUCAUGCAGCAAAGCGACGUGACCGUCUUCAUGCACCUCUUCCAAGAUACCGUUGCCUUGGCUGACGACAUGCUCCAGCUCACGUCGCAUCUUCGGUCGUCCGGCGAGACUCUCUCGCUGCAAUGUCCUGCGGACGUCUUCUGCUUUACGAUCACAGGCGUUCAUAUGCGCAAGGACGCGGAUACGAUGGCCGGCGACACCAAGCUGUGUUGCCUGCCGGGUGGUGACGCGGCUCGCCUUUUGGAGGUCGGGAAACUCGCCGUGCCACCACUCCGCUUUACAUGUGCGCGAGACGUCGAGGCUUUCCAGUCGCGGGUCCUCGAUAUGGCCUGCCGCAUGCUCCAGCACUCGCCAUCGCACGUCGUCAACCAUGCGAGCUUCCUGCACCUCGUUGACGUCGUGGUGACCGCCCUGCAGCUCGGCCCGAUCACCGUCCCGCUCUCGGCGACGGUCCAAGCCGUGCUCACGUGCGCGUCGCUGCCGCCCCACAUUGUCGUCUCGCUUGUUAGCGCGUACUUGCCGGCGCUCUUGGCGACAACGACGACGACGUUGCCGCACCAGAACGUCCUGUCGGCGAUCGACGCCCAUGUCUCUGCGAUCGUUGCGCCGCUGCUCUGGACGCCGCUCGAUGCGUUCAUCAAAGGCGUGCUCGACGCCCGCGCGCGCCCCCUGCUGCUCCCAUGCUUUGGACUGCUCCGCGCUUUCCUGCCGUUUGACGAAGACCGCGUCCUCGCCCGGCUUCUCGACGUCAUUGGCGCGUCGGACCUCGGCGACCGCAGCGUGCGCCAAGAGCUCGUCACGAGUUUGCAGAUCGUGCUGCAGCAGCACGUCGGGCUCCUCUGGAAGGAAGGCGAGAAGGCGAUCCACCAGUACCACCCGUCGAGCCCUGUCUUGCCAACCAAGCGACGCAAGCUCAGCGAUCACUUUGCGCUGCCAACGACAAACGCACUCGACCUCGUGAGCCGCGUCCGGAGCCGCCAACCGGUGCUCUCGAUUGCGUGUGUGCACCUCGUGAUGGCGCUCUUCUUCGAAGACGACGUCGCGGCCGUGGGUGCCCAUGUGCUCCUCUCCUUGCGCUCGACCGACAACAUGACCAAGGAAGAAGGCAGCGUUGCGCGACUCAUCGCCGACCGUCUGCGCGCCGCCAUGGAGCGUGCGCCGAGCCUCGAGCUUGUCGUGCUUCUCUUCAGCUACCUGCCUCCGGACGAGAUCAGAAAGAUGCCGAUCGCACCUUACCUGAACGCGACGACGAGUUCGCACGAGCCGGCCGACAAUACGCGUCUCUUGAUGUGCAGCGUUCCGGCCAUUCUGAGCCUUUGGCGCGGGAGCUUGGCGACAAAAGAUGGCAUUGUGCAGGCGCUCAUCGAGAGCGCACCCAUGGCGCAGCGCCUCGUCCUGUUGUGCUGGUCGUACGGCGUCGAGGGCGCGUCACUCGAUGUCCCGUCGUGGUCCGCGACUGUCGCAGCGACGAGCAUUCUCACGACGAUGGCCUCGGACGGACCCAACCAAGCACUCGCGAUCGACGUGGCGCCACUGCUCGUCUACGCCAUGGGCCGUCACGGGAUCGCUCCGUUUGACGUGACUGCGUCGCUGGUCAUGAAGACGCUCGUGCCUCUCUUCCGACACGCGACGACAGCACUCUCGGCGCUAAGCGCGCUCGGCCGCCUCUGCUGCACGCAAAUGUGGCUCGCGCAGCCCGCGUCGCCGCUGCUGGUCACCGAGACACUUGCAUUUCGCUGCGUCUGCGCUCCGCUCGAGCGGCAGCCGCUGCCCCACAUGGUGACAAUCUGGAAUGCGAUGGAGCCGCUGCUGGCAUCGCCGUCGAGCGACCUUGUCGUGGCUGCUGUCGCGACGUGGGUUGCGUUUUUCCGACAUGUACCCGUCGCGGACCUCCACGCCGAGUGGGUGUGGCGGCUCCUGCAUCUCUUGGGCCACGACGCACGUGAAGUGCGGUCGGUUGUCGCCGCCAACACAAAUGUGUUGUUGCUGCCCGACAGCAACGGGGCAACGGCGCUCGCGCUGGCGUUCUCGGACGAGUCGUCGUCCGACGACCUCGGUGACGCCAGCAACAAGAUGUCGAGUAUCUUGGACCGGCUCCUCGAGCAAGGCGACGUUCGCAUUCUCGUCUCGACCAUAGAAGGUAUGGGUACACUCGCGACGGCGUGCGUGCUCUCGCAACCGCUGGACUUGGACGUGUUCUUUUACGUUUUGUUUCGGCUCGCGGGGGUGUGGCUCGCCUACCCACGCGAUACGGUGGUCUCCGUGACCGCGACGGCGCAGCUCAACCGCAUGGUCGCAUCGCAUUUGCUGUCGUGGAAGCAGCUCUGCGUCCAGUUCCCCGAGCGUAUCCACGUUGCGCUCAUUGAACUGCUCUUGCCAACACCGAUGCUCGAGACGUUUUUGCACACGUUUCUCGGCGAGCAAGUCAGCGUCGGCAUCUACCUCAAGGAGAGCGCGCCGUAUGUGCUGCCGCAACUCAUUCUGAGUCAGCAACGCGACCUCCUGGACGCGUUUGCCGCCGCGUUCAAGCAGCCGAUCGCAGCGCUCUUGAGUGACUACAUUGUGCCGAUCGUCAAGGAGAUGGUCAUGACGCGCACGACGUCACUGAGCAACAUCCGCGAGUGGCACAUCCGCGAUGUGCUCAAGUACAACCCGCUGCGCUUGCUGUACGAGCUCGUGUGGGAGUUUGCCGGCGACCGCACCAAGGUGGCUCGGAACGCUUUCGACCAAGUGUCCAAGCUCCUCCACGAAGACAUGAUGGACGAAGGCAGCAGCAGCGGCACAAACCAAGCGAGCAAGUUUCAUUUGCCGCAACAGUAUUUUCUGGCACUCAUGACGCAUCUCGGACACAAGCUCGCGCACAAGCCGAGCCGCGUGCGUGCUAUCAAGUGCCUUGAAGUGCUCCUUGCGAUGUUUGACGCCAAAGGCAUGCUCGACCCGUUCGUGCCCAAGGUCAUGGCCACGCUCAAGCUGGCGCUGCAGGACGACGUCGACACCCACGUGAAAUUGGCUGCCUGUCGCGCGUGGCUUACGUUUGUGCGACUCCUCUCGACGUCGGCGAUCGAAACCAACCUGCUCUCGAUCGUUGCGAGCUUGCUCCCGUGCAUUGGAAGCAUCCCCGCGCUCUUUGACGCGCAUGUCGCAGGUCGAUCGGGGUGGUCGGCGGCGCGCCCGGCCCCGGCGCCAGAGGCGGACGCGUGUGUGCAAGACAUGGCGCUUCAAAUCCUCUCGUUCUUGUGCGUUGAGCAGCCCAUCAAGCCGAGCUGGGGCCAAGUCGCGCUGCUUCUGGCGCUUGUGCCGUCCUUCUCGGUCGAGGCGGUCGAGUCGUUCUCUGUGGACCACCACCCGCUCGACGGUGUUCUCACACACGUCCUCGCGCUCCUUGAGCACUGGGAUGGCGCCGUGCGUGAGGUCGGCUUGCUCCACCUCUCGCGGCUCCUGUGCACGCGCAGCCGCGAGCUCCAGGACCUGAUUUUGCUGGCCGAAGGCACGAUCCACGUCGCGGUCUUUCAGAUUCUCAAAGCGCUGCUGUCCCUGAGCCGGACCGAGACGAGCGAGGAGAUCAAGACACUUGUCGCGCAGUCGCUUGGGGCGCUCGGGGCCAUCGAUAUGGCGCGGCUCCCGAUGCAGCUCUCGCGCACCGCCACGGUCGAGUACGGCGCAAAAGAUCUCACGUGUUUUUUGAUCGAGACACUUUUGGUCAACGAGCUCCGCGCGGCACCGCAAAACACAGAUCUCAUUGCGCUCUCGAUCCAAGAGCUGCUCAAGUUUCUUGCCGCCAUGCGCAUCGAAGCGACACCCUUGUCGACGGCCGCGACGCCGGCGACGACGCAAGUCGAGUCGUCCCCGCCGCCCGUGUACGCCAUGUCGGCGAGUAUGCCCGAGUGGAUGCAGCGAAAGUUUCACCAAUCGCGCGUGCUGCAGAUCAUCGCACCGUACUGGUCGACCAAGUACAAGGCGCCGCCGUCGUCGAGUAAGAAAGCCGUCGCAUUUGACGAUGGCGCGACGAUUUACGAUCGGUUCGGGGCCGUUGCGUACGAAACAUGGCUCACGUCGUGGUGCAAGGCGCUGAUUGACUUGUCGUCGCCACCGGAAAAGACGAUCUUUCUCGCAUGCAAGACGGCGCUGGGGAUUUCGAUGCAGAUGGCGCGCUUUCUCCUACCCUACCUUGUGCAGAACGUCUUGCCGCAACGCCACGCGUACAGCAUGGUCAAGCGCGAGAUCGAGUCGGUGCUUCAGGACGACCCGACCGAGUCGGACACCGUGUCCAGCCACCACCACCAGUGCGCACAGACCGUCAUGGGCCUCCUCGACACACUCAACGAGUGGGUCUGGGCCAGCGAGCGCAAGCGGAACGGCCCAAGCCAGCACCGGGCGACGCACCCGGACGUGGUGCCGGACCAGGAGAAGGAGGUCGUGGCCGAGUUCCUCAAGGAUAUUUCGCCCGCGAUGCUCUCGGGGGCCGCGUGCAAGAUCAAGGCGUUUGCGCGCGGGAUUCAGUACUACGAGACGCACUUGCGCAUGGACGGCGUCUCGGCCGUGCCGCGCUACACGACCGACGGCAAGGUCCACAUGAAGCACAUGAAUUCCAACGACAUCCGCGAGCUGCAGCAAAUGUACGGCCAGCUCGACGAGCCGGACGCCCUCCGCGGCCUCUCGAUCCAGCGCCGACUGCUGCUUGGGUCGACACACGCCAGCACGACGUUCGCCGACCUCAUGCACACGAUCGUCGACCACGAGCAUCUGGCGCGCUGGGAAGACGCGCUGGCGUGCUACGAGCAAGCGAUCCACCGUACGUACGGCAACGAAGUCGACAUUGAGAUCCGGUCGCUCUUGUACGCGGGUGUGAUUCGCUGCAUGGUACAACUCGGGCGGCUCGAAGGCGCGCUCCAGCACGUUCGCGGCAUCGUCGUCGAGUCGCCCGACGUCAUUCCGUCCGUGUAUCCGUUUGCGCUCGAGUGCGCGUGGCGACUCUCUCGCUGGACGCUCCUCCAAGAGCUCACGACGGACGCCAUGAAGGUCAAGAUGGAGUCGCAGCACAAGGUAUCGAUGAAGUUUGCGCGCACGAUGCUAUGCCUCCAGCAAAACCGAGACGCGAUGGCGUAUCACCUGCGCGACGCACGGCUCGCCAUCAUGGGACCCCUUGCGGCCGCGUCGCUCGAGUCGUACCAGCGGGUGUACCCGCUCUUGCACCAGCUGCACGUCUUGCAUGAGCUCGAGCAAGGGUUUCUGGUUCUGGACAAGUACAAGGCCGACCCGACGUUUGCUGCCGAGGACCACUGGGUGCGACAGUGUCCGUGGGAACUUCGCGAUCAGAUGAUGGCACCCGCGCUCAAGUUCCAGGAGCCGCUCCUCGCUUUGCGCCGCGUAAUGCUGCAAGAGAUGCAGCUCCCGUCACUACUUUCGAAAAACUGGCUGCGCUACGCCAAGAUGGCGCGCAAGGAAGGGUUUGUCCGGACGGCCGAGAGCGCGGUGAUGCAUGCGCAGGCGCUCGGCGACCGCAACGGCAUCAUUGAGCAAGCCAAGCUCCUCGUGCACCAAGGUCACGUGUACGAAGCGCUGCAUGUGCUCGAACCCGUCGCCAUUGACGUGUCCAACUUGCCAAAAGUACCCGAAGCCGACCGCCAUUUUGCGGCCAAGACGCUGCUUCUUGCGACCAACUACAUGCAGCAGUCCAACCAAAAGCAAGGCCAAGUCGUGCUCAACCGGUACGGCGCUGUGAUUGCGUACGACCGCAAGUACGCCAAGGGGUACUUUGAUCUCGCCAAGUACUACGAGGUGCUGCUCGACAAUGCGCGCUCGGACACGGCGCUCGAGGUCGGGGAGCAGUACGCGUACGUGACAGACAUCCUUGCCAACUACGUGCUCUCGCUCCAAUGCAGCAACAAGUACCUCUUCCAGUCUUUGCCACGUCUCCUGACGCUGUGGUACGAGUGCGGUGACGUCUUUGGCGCCGCCCCGAAGCGCACGUACCGACUCGAGUUUGAUAUGGCGCUCGAGUCCAACAAGGAAGACAAGCUCAUGCAAGAGAUCUCGCGCAUCGUGCUCGAUGCCCUGAGCAAGCUCCCGGUAUCCAUGUGGCUCGCGGUCUUUCCGCAGGUGACGUCGCGUAUUUGCCACCCGAAUAGCAUCGUCGUCGACGGCGUCAAAGCCAUCAUGGUCAAGGUCCUAUCGACACACCCGCAGCACGCGAUGUGGCACAUCCUCGGCCUCACGCAGUCGCUCAACACGCAACGCAAGACACGCGCCAUGGACAUCUUUAAAGGCGCGCAGAAACAACUAAUUGGCGCCAAUAACAGCGACAUGGCCAACUCGCUUUCGGAGGCCAUGAAGCUCGUCGAGGAGCUCAUCAAGCUCGCCGAGUGCGACCCGGGCAACCAAAAGCGCCUUCCGUUGCGCAUGGCCCGCAUCCGGUCCCAAGUGCUCGUGCCGGUCCAGUCGGCCUUCUCGACGAGCGAUGCGUCGACUCAUGUCUACAUCAAGGCGUUUGGCGACAAGGCGGACGUGAUGCCAUCGAAGGAAAAGCCCAAGCGCGUCCAGGUACUUGGCAGCGACGGCGCGUGGUAUCCGUUCUUGUGCAAGCGCGAGAAGCACGGCGACUUGCGCAAGGACGCGCGCAUGAUGGAGUUCAACGCCAUCAUGAACAAGCUCCUCACCGCCGAUGCCGACGGCCGGCGCCGGAAACUGCGCCUUCGCACGUAUGCGGUCAUGUGUCUCAACGAAGAGAGCGGGCUCAUGCAAUGGGUGCCCAACACGCGCGCGAUGCGGGUCCUCAUUGGGCAAAUCCACAAGACGGAGCAAGGGCAAUUGACGAUGAUGCGCCUUCCGAGUGACGUUCGCGACGCCUUUAUGAACCUCCAGAAGCAGUACGCGCACGACUUGCCGCGGAUGGUGUCGCUCUACCGACGCCAAGUGCUCAGCCACCCGUGCUUUGUGCCCCGCUUCCACCAGUGGUUCCUCAACAACUUUAGCGAUCCGACGCAGUGGUUUGACGCGCGGGCUGCGUUUACACGGUCGUCGGCGGUCUGGUCGAUGGUCGGGCACAUUGUGGGGCUCGGCGACCGGCACGGCGAAAAUAUCCUCAUCGACUGCAAGACGGGCGAGUGCGUCCAUGUGGAUUUUGACUGCCUCUUUGACAAGGGGCUCAAGCUCGCGCGCCCCGAGAUUGUCCCGUUCCGUCUCACACCCAACAUUCUCGACGCGUUUGGCUUGACCGGCGUCGAGGGCGUGUACCGCACGACGAGCGAGGUCACGCUGACACUGCUGCGCGCCAACCGCGAGACGCUUCGGAGCGUGCUCGAGUCGUUUGUGCACGACCCGCUCGUCGAGUGGGGUCGCUCCAAGAGCAAGCAGUCGACGCACGUCGUGCGCAAGGUCGUUGCGAGCAACGAACAAGUCAACAGCGAAGCCAAAACAAUGCUAAAGACGAUCGACGACCGCGUCCGGGGCAUCUGGAACCUCGGGAAAGCGUCGCACCACGAGACGCUGCCGCUCAGCGUCAAAGGGCAAGUCGACCGCCUCAUUGCCGAAGCCACGAGCGACGAGAACCUCGCACAAAUGUACGUGGGCUGGAUGCCUUUUCUAUAGACUGAAACCCGACAACUGGAUCAAGCGAAAAUACUAAGUUACUUGCGACGAA